AUGAAGUACGCAUUUGUUGCAGCUGCCCUUGUUGGGUCGGUCUUUGCCUCCCAGCACAAGGCUCAUGCUGGUUUCCACCAGCGCCGCCACGAUCACGCUGCGGCUGCCCAGGAGGAUGUUUGCACUGUCUACACCACCGUCUACGUGACUGGUCCUCCCCCAAGCUACCCCACUGCCACCCCGGAGAUCCCCAAGCCCAGCAGCCCUGCUGUUCCUCAGCAGAGCCAGCCUCCUGUCCACCCAGACACUCCCAUGCCCAGCCCGCCUCCUGUCUACCCCCAGGGAAGCCAGCCUCCUCAGCCAGGUGUUCCAGCUUCUACCUCUUGCGAUGAGGAGACCCCUAAGCCCACCGGCCCUGCUCCAGGC